CUCUCUCUCUCUCUUUCUCUCUCCCUCUUUUUCGUGCCUAGUGCUCUUCGGUAACUCGCGCUUCCGCGCGACAGAAAUCCGAGAUCGGCGAUCUUUGGACGAUCUCUCGCGUCGCGCUGAUGACGACCCGUGCCCGCGCUCGACCCGGGCCGAUUCGGGAGAAAACGGGCGACACGGCGGGAGACACCAGCACGGUGUGCGGCACUUCCGCGGCUCGAUCCCUUGCCGCGGGAUUAUCGAUCGCCGCGGUAAGCGUGUUCGGUCUGAAAUCAGCCGGAGGAGGCUUUGCGCGUUACUGCUAGAAGGAUAGGCGAAACGGGGAAAGGAAAGGGAGGAAGAGAGGCACGUCGUAGUCGUGUCGUCGAGAAGAAUCGUCGAGAACGGAGCAAGAGCGUCAACCGCUACGAAAAGCGCGUCGGCACGGGCGGCUAGGAAGGGGAAGCUCGAGUUUUGAGGAAGAGGUGGUUAGUAGUGGUAGUGGUGAUGAUGAUGGUGGUGGUGGUGGUGGUAGUGAUGACGGGUAGUGGGAACUCUCUUGGAUUAAGAUGGCGUAGCGUUCUAUGCUGCAACGACGCGUGAGCAUCGAGACGACAACGGAUCCGGAGUGCACGAGGAAUUGCUUUCCUGCGUCAUCGAAGACGGUUCCUAGCCGGGCUCGCUUUUAUGUGCACGUAACAGGCCGUGAAGAUGAGCGUACCCUGCGAUUGGCAGACCAGCAAGCAGAAGCUUACAGAACGUGGCCAAUACUUGCUGGAGACGGGACAAUGGUCCGAUUGCAAUUUCAUCGUCGGUCAAGAGCCACAUCAGCAAACUCUCAAGGGUCACAAGCUAUUCCUGGCGAUGUCCAGUCCAGUCUUCGAAGCUAUGUUUUUCGGAGGCAUGGCAGAGAAGAACGAUCCAAUACCGAUAAGAGAUGUUCAACCUGAGGCAUUCAAAGCCUUACUGGAAUACAUAUAUACUGAUAAAGUUGACCUAGGCUCCUUUGAAUUGGCUUGCGAGUUGUGUUACUGCGCCAAGAAAUAUAUGCUGCCAUGCUUGGUAGAGGAGUGCACAAAAUAUCUGUGGUCUGAUCUCUCACCGAAGAAAGCAUGCAGAGCAUACGAGUUUGCCAAACUGUUUGAAGAACCUGUGCUAAUGGACAAAUGCCUACAAAUCAUACGCACCAAGACAGAUGAAGUGUUGAAGGAGUCCAGCUGGGAGGAUGUUGAGCUGGGGACACUUCUCAAGGUAUUGGAGCAAGAAGAAUUACAAAUCAGCUCAGAGAUAGAAUUGUUUACUGCACUGGAGCGAUGGGCCAAAGCAGAGUGUUCUAGGAAAUCUCUUGAUCCUAUUAAUGGAAAAUCUUUAAGAUCUGUCAUUGGAAAUGCUCUUUUGAAAAUAAGAUUUCUAAGUUUGAUGCCACAAGAAUUUGCAGAGGGACCUGGACAGUCUCCUCUUCUCACAAAAGAUGAAGCUUUCGCUAUAUUAAUGAAUAUAUUAUGUACUGGUAACAAAACACCUAUGCCUGAAGGUUUUUGCAUUAAUUCAAAUAGCAGAGCAGAACCAAAGAAAAUUCACUUCAAUCCUCAUCCACUUUUCAUGUCUAGACCUAAAGCUCCAUAUGGUCAUUUAAAUAUCCCAUUACGUUCUGGCUUUUUAAAUGAUGGGGAGUCCAGCAGUAGUACAAGCAGUAGUACACUGCGGAAUACAUCACCGAUACAGGUGGAUGGAAGUGUAAACAAGGACUCUGGGAACUUACCUAAUAUGUCUACAACGGCAAUAGUCGUACGUGAGGGACCAAAAUAUUAUUGUCUCAGAUCGGUAGUUCAACAAACGGAUUGCUUAAAUACAAAUGUGUUGGACUCUUCCGUCUCAUUUAGUGUCGACAAAAACAUUUGUGUAGUGGGUGUACAGGUUCCUACACAGAUCGCUGCAGCGAGUAAUUUUAAUCCUCCUAUAAACGUUGAUACAUCAUAUACUGAAAUUUUGUAUGCUCAUCUUCUUGAUUGUGACGGUACGCGUUUGACGUAUACGCAUUUCACCACUAAAGCAAAUUUUGGCACUCUCGUGGAAAUUACUUUCAAUCGGCCAGUUUACAUUCAGAAACAUAAGGUUUAUCGAGUCGGUGUGGUAUUUAAUAAAGCUGGAUGGUAUCCAAUAGGAGUCUGUUCUCAAAACAUGUCCUGUGAUUCUGUGUUCUUCUCGUUCAGCGUAGGUAAUGCUGCACACACAAUUCGUGAUGGUCUUAUCCGAUCUAUAGUUUUCACGUAUCAUUAACGUGACAAGUCGGAUAACAAAAAAGAGAUUGCGUAUACAUUUCAACUUUGUGAUAAAACAAAAAACUAUUCUUACGUUGUAUACUAUUGUUAUCUAAUUUUUUAAAGCGCAUCGUUGUUUCCCAUUGCAAAUUUCGAAAA